UGGUAAUUGCACCAAAAGUAUGAAAUUUGAUAGAAAACUUACGGAAUUAUGCUCCCGUGAAGUUAGCGAUCUUGGUGAUAUAUACGCAUCGGCGAUUUCGCCAAAUUUGAGCCCUAUUUUUGGCCAAUUCCAUUGUUCCAGUCGAGCAAAUUUAUAGCUACUUCUUUAGAACUCCAUUUUUUCUAUCAAUUGAGUAUAAGAAACUGCCCAUUUACUGAUUUCAACUACCCAAUAAAGUGGUCAUAAAUUGGCAAUUUGGCCAAUUUCACGCAAAUUCAAAAAGAUGCCAGUUUCAAAAUAGGGUCCACAAUAAACAAUGCAGACAUUCUUGGCACUAAAAUAACAUAUUCUCUGUUCAUUAGUCACGUCUCCAGGCCCCUCUUAUAUUACUCUUGCUUUCUAUUUUGAUUUUUUAUUCUCACAAAAAAUAGAAGAUUUACUGUUAUGCAGACUACUGCAUUAUUGUAAAAAUGGUAUAAAUAAUAUCAGUGCACUAGUGAAAGAAUAUUAGACUCCCCAGUUGACGUGUAUUGGAUAUGCGGUGUGAUUUGCUUACUCUUGAACAUUGGUAAAAAUCGAACAUUUCCACUACUUUGAGCUCAAUUUCAAAGUCGUUUUCAUCGUGAAACUAAUCAAAUCAUCUCUAUUUCUGUAAUAUGUUUUCCAUUCUAUCAAAUGAGACCAAGAAAAUGAGAAUACAACCAUAAAUACCAUACGAAAAUACUGCACCUCAAAGUCGGUGUUUUAAUCCAAAAAUGGUCGGAGGUUUUUUUUCUCAUUAUGCACCGUGUGCUGCAGGAUUUUUUUUAUACAGUGCACACUGACCACACAGACCCAUUCUCUCACAUGUGGGCCUACCAGCUUUCUCCUGCUUGAUUUGAAGCCGCUAGAAUUAUUGAGUGUAUAUAUGUCAGAAACACUGGGUCAUAAGACGUAUAUAUCCGGCCGAAACAGUCAAAGGGUUAAACCAGACACAAGGUCAGAGUUAUGCUUUUUCCCAUCAUCAGUAGUUUAAGGGUUAAUGCAUUAAUUAGGGAAGUGAGGGUGCUUGCGAGUGGGAAUGGUUGGUGCUGUUGCUCUUGUAUUCAUUGCUAUAGUAAAGCUUUCAUUUAGUAUUUUUACAACUUUCAGUACAUACCGUAUUUAUUUAAUAUUUUGACUGAAUUUGCUUUGAAGUAUAUUACAUAUUUUUACAAUACAUAUUACUUUGCCAAAAAAACUUUAAUAUUUUAUUUUAGAGAGAGAUAUAGGGAUUUAAUUGAGGCUGCUGACACCAUUGCUGAAAUGCGGGAGAGUGCUGAAGCUAUCUGCAAUAAUAUUAAGACCAUGGAAGGCCUCUGUGAAAGCCUUCAGCAACGGGGUCUUAUUGGUUUCAAGACACAGAGCCAACAAAGUGAUGGGAAAGAUAGGUCACCAGCACCAGACUCUCAUUACUCUGUAGCAGUACAGGUUUACCUGCUGGUUAGAGUACCUGAAGCAUUGUGGGGCCUCACUGAACACAGUCAAUAUUUGCCUGCUACACAGCUACUACUGCUUGCUCAUCACACUCACACUGCACUCCAGUUGUCUCCCAAAGCUGCUAAGGUGUUUUCUUGGUUUCCAAUUAUUGAGCGUCAGUGGGCCAGCAUAACACACUUCCGUAGCACAAUUGUUCGUGGAUGCUCAAAUCUUAUUAGCUAUGAAGCUGAUAAUGUUCAGGCUGUGUUGGAUGCUGUGGUGUCAGUGAUGCUUGUUGAGUGCUGUAGCUGUGCUGAGGCUCUCUCUCGUGUCCUCCACCUGCGACAUGCUGCUCUCAUGGCAUCAAUUACUCUUAGACCAUCAGCCACAGCAAAAGCACAAAUUUCUCAAUUUACUACUCUGUUUUUAUCUUCACUUCAUAUUAUUCAUGCAGUAUUUGUGGGAGUCGAAGGAAAAAGUCUGCUUGAGAAACGGUUGCAAGAGAUAGUGCAAGGUGAGGGUGAAGGAAGCUCCCCAAUCUCUCUCUUGCAGGAAUCCUCACUCACUUUAUCUUUUCUUCCACAAUCUACCAGAAAUUUUAGGCCCAGUGUUCAAGGCAGCGCAAAGCCUCUUGGAAAUGAGUUGGUUAAACAGCAGGUCGUCAUCUGGUUGAAUAAGGUGCUAGAUGAGGCUUCAAAAAAUUUGGCAACACUGCUUUCAUUUACCACUAGUAUCAAGGCACUGGCAAUGAUCAGGUCCAGUGUGUGGGAAAUCUGCCGAACCAGACUAGAUAGAGAACAUUGGAACAAGAUCACUAGUGCUCUGUAUGGGGCCAGCUUCGACCCAUGGGACUCUGUUGUUCGAGGCCAGGUGACAGAAAGGGCACGGCAGGUUGUUACAUCUCAACUGACAGUAUCAAAAGAGGCCAUUGUUCAAAUGGUGGCCAGACUGACAAAAGAUAUCGCUGCAGAUCCCAAAAUAUGCAUAGAAGAAGGAGACAUCAGCAACUUUGUUUGGAGUGAAUCAGCUGGGGAUUUACCUGAGCGAAUUGGAUGGACCUCAUCUGCUGCUCGCUCUGUUGCUCAGUCAGGAGGCCUAUACUACAAAACAAGAGGCUACACGAGUCGAUUACAGACUGUAUGUCGAGCACUUAACUCUAGGUUGACAGCUUUACUUCAGGAUGUUGCACACUUCAGUUAUGAAUCUGAGAAAGGAGACUAUCUUAGUGUUAAUGACAAAAAUAGCCCAUCAGAGCAUGAAAAAAAUAGUGCCUUGGAAGAUUACAGGACCCUGCUUAGCUUUCUUCAAGAUGCCAGUUGCUCAACUUUUAUACAGCUAGUGAAGGAGCUAGAGGAACUAGCUCCACAUCACAUCUCAUCUCCAACUUCUCAGAUCAUGGAAGGCUGGGAUGAUGAUGCGUCUGGUAUUGCUCCAUCGAUACCCUUAACCAUUACUGCAGUGGUGGGUCGCACAUGUCAAGCUCUUCCUAACAUUUGCUCCCAGAUGCAAAUUUGUGCAUCAGCAUCAAAUCUGGUAAAUCCAGAUGUAGCAAGGCGUGUCUCAUUGGGAUCGAAAAUAGAAUCCGAAUCUUGGACAAAGGUUCGUUUGGAACUCCAAGAAACUGGCAGCCGGCUGUUUGGCCGUUUUCUGAAAUCGUUAACUUCCGCCCUUCACACAGAGUUAAAGAUGUACCUCACAUCAGAGCUUUCAUCAGGAGGAGUGGCUGCUUCAAUCAAAGCUUUUCCAUCAUGGGAGAUGGUAGACAUUGAAGAGGAAGGUGAAGGGGGCAUUGUUGUGAAGUCUUCAAUCCAUGUGCCAGCACAUCCAACCCCAGCUCUCACACAGGCACUGGGUAGACUUUGUUCUUCAGUCAACUCUGUGGCAGCUCACACCAUUACCAGAAAUGCCCAGAGUGAAUUGGCCUCAAGUGCUUGUGAAGCUGUAACUUCUGCAUAUGAAAGCUCACUGCUUGAUCCAGGACAGAUGACUCAAACCUUGGCACUCCAGUUCAUUUUUGACUUGAAAUUCGUACAGACAAUUCUUUUACCUCGUGAUAAUAAGGAGAUGGGCGCUCGUCUAACAGCCAUGGUUUUGGAACUAGAGCAGAGAGUUGAUCCAUUUGAUCUUGAUGUAUUUGCACCUCAUGUAUCAACCAGGGUAAAACUAUCUGCACACAGAUCACAGGUGGUUCUGGGAGCUGUGUUAUCAAGAGAUCGCCAGAUUACAAUGGGUCGACUUUCAGCAUCAUCAUCAUCUGGUGCAUCACGCAAUAAUGCCCUUCCACUCGUCAUGCCUGUGGAAAUUCCUCGAUUUUCCAAUGUACCUCUUCCUAUUCCUUCUUCACGACCCUCUAUUCCAAGCUCCAUCUCUAGCCCUUCUCUCUCACUUGCUGACACCAUUGGUGACAAGACUUCAAAACAAGAUACUUUGAAGGCUGAGAGUAGUCCAUCAACAGCCCACAGAGAGAGGUCAUCAGCAACCUUGUCAGCGUCCCGCAGUGCUGCCUCACUCUUCUCUGCUAUGAGUUCCUCUUGGUUUGGUUCAUCAUCAUCAUCAUCUUAAAACUCUUUGAUACUUCUCCAUUAGUUGUUAUCCAAUUACAAAUUAAGGUUUUAUGUGGAUGAGUUAAUUAAAGGUGCAAAAAUAAAUAAUUUACAGUUAUUUAAAAUGUAGUAGAUACACAUAAUCUAUUGUUAUUUCAUUCAAUAAAUUGUAAUUAAU